AUUGAGCGUGGGAAAAUAAAUCGCGUUGUUUUGUCAGUAGCAUCCCCCCCUCUACCUCCCCUCCGUCCCCAUUACGCGCCUAUCGACGCACACUCAUCUCUCUCUCAUUAUAUGUCACGGGUCAUAUAAUGCGCCGAUCGUCAGGGAGUUUACAUUUCUAUAUCUACAUACUACGCAGACGUCACGUUGCACGGUACUCGGAUCAACUCUCGCCCCUCCUGUUCGGUCUAACUGACUGCUGUUGUGUUACCGGAUUGCGUUUUACGCAACAUUAACCGGAAGGAUUGUCAAAUAAUUGCGAAGCUCCUUUACUGUUGCGCAUUCCUCUCUCCGUGUGUGUGUGUGUGUGUGUGGGUGUGUGAUUUUAAUGUGCACGUCUCUUCGGGGAGUGGAAGCUGUCGCGGAUACCUUCUUGCAAACUUCGCGUCUCGCCUCGGCUCCUCAGCUCUCCGUAGGAGGCGCCUGUGUUUGUUGAGUUGCCCGGCGGCGCACAUGCACGGGCGUCCCCGCUGCUGCUGGCCGAGCAGUGCCGCUUUUCCCAUGGCAGAAGAAAAGGAGGAAGGAUAAAGCAGAAGCUUAAAAAAAGGGAGAAGAGUGGGAUAUUUUUUUUCUGUUUCUCCCAGCUAGGACGCAGCGCACCCGCCGUUAAACAUUUCUAAGGACAAUUGACUGAUUGAAACCAGACGCUGGUUACAGGUAUGAAUAUUCUCCCGAGGUCUCCGUGCGCAUGAGUUGGGCUUCUUAUCAAGAGCAUUGUCACUGAUGAGUGGGAUUACUUAUGAAGAUGUGCAUUUUUAUUUUUAUUUUUUUUCCCCCCAUCGUGCUCCAGAAUAUUUCGAAUGAUAAUGGGAAUCUGGUUUAGUAUCACCAGUACCAUGUAGGGGUUGGACAAAGGAGAGGAAAACCAGCAGUCAGAAAUACCUAGCCCCGCCGGUAUGGGACUGUGACCCGGGUUGCGAGCUCCGAGAGGCGGCUGUUCUCUGAGUGCAGACUGGACCCGAGCAGCUGUGACAUUUCCGAGCCAUGGCCGCUGCUAUCGCGAGUGGGCUGAUCAGACAGAAGAGGCAAGCGCGGGAGCAGCACUUGGACCGACCCUCCACAAACCGACGGAGGAAGAGCCCCAACAAGAACAAGGGGCUCUGCAAUGGGAACCUGGUCGACAUCUUCUCAAAAGUGCGCAUCUUCGGGCUCAGGAAGCGAAGGCUACGGAGACAAGAUCCCCAGCUCAAGGGUAUAGUGACCAGGUUAUAUUGCAGGCAGGGAUACUACUUGCAAAUGAACCCAGAUGGCUCUCUUGAUGGGACCAAGGAUGACAGCAGUAAUUCCACAUUGUUUAACCUUAUUCCUGUGGGCCUCCGAGUUGUCGCCAUUCAGUCAGUGAAGACAGGGUUAUACAUCGCCAUGAACGGGGAGGGCCAUCUCUACACAUCAGAACUAUUUACAGCGGAAUGCAAGUUCAAAGAGUCAGUGUUCGAGAACUACUAUGUGAUCUACUCGUCCAUGCUGUACAGACAGCAGGAGUCAGGGAGAGCAUGGUUCCUGGGGCUCAACAAGGAGGGCCAAGCCAUGAAGGGAAACCGAGUGAAAAAAACAAAACCAGCUGCUCACUUCCUGCCCAAGCCAUUAGAAGUCGCCAUGUACAGAGAGCCAUCGCUGCACGACGUCGGAGAGACGGUGCCCAAGGCGGCCGUGCCUCCCAGUAAAAGCACAAGCGAGCCAGUGGUGAUGAACGGAGGCAAACCUGUCAGCAAGCCCGACAAACCAGCCACAUAGCCACACCUGACCAGUGCCUAGUGGGAGUGCAUGUGCGGGAGGGGAGGAAUGUAACGGAGGCAAGGUCUUUUUGUUUUUCUCAAGCUAGUCUCCAAACCCUCUUUUUUUUUUUUUCUUGCUCUCUUUUUUUCCUGCGGAUAACAUCCAGCCGAGACUCCCUUCUCUUAUUCUCUUGCUCCUCCUCCUACUUCCUUUCUCUGCCUAUGUCAGCACAGACUGAUUCUGCGAUGGCUCGGUCUAUCCAGCACAGGAGGGUAGAAGACCUCUGAUCCUGUAAUGCCUUUAGAUCCCUUUGAAAUUGCGAGAAUUGAACUGAAUGACACGCGGUUCACACUGACGCUUGAUGCUGGCUUUGUCGGAAGAACCUCCUUCUCUAUAAUGCCCUGUCACAGCAGCGGCUGUGUACCUUCAGAUCUAUUUUCUAUAUCACAGUUCACCAGCUAUGUUCUGGGAUAGAGACUGUAUAGACAGAGUAAAUAUUUGGACUGUUGUCCUAUAUUUUUUACAAGUAUGUUCCCCUUUCCUUCUCUUUCUAAUGCUGGUCAACAUACAGUUAGUUUUUGUCAAAGGGAAACUAGGAAAUCUUUUGCAAGAGGAGUUGUAUGAUUUUUUUUCUAAGAAACACAACGAACUUUAAAGCAUACCAGUACACACCUGAAAGAGCCCAAAUGAACCUUUUUUUUGUUUGUUUUGUCUACAACAUGUGUACACCUAGAAAAGCAGUCGAAGAAAGUUUGUGCAGCUUCUCCUCGGCUCAUAAAAACACAUUGGAGGCUGGCAGACGGCUCCCGCAAUCAUAGUUGAUGAAGUGCUAAUUACCGCCACUGCAAUCAAUGCGAGGAGCUCCCUGUACACGCACAAACAAACCCCCUCACACAAAAACACAAAUAUUUCUAAACAGAUGUGCGUGUGGGUGGGUAGGAGAGCGCUGUAAGGAAUGGUGUAUACAUAUCACUAUCUGUGUCCCACCAGCGGUUCAGUCCGCCUCCUCUGGUGAACGAAGAAAAAGGGAAAGAAAAAAAAGAACCUGAAGUCUAUUUUUCUUUAAUCUUAUUUCAGAGCGUGGGCUCUAGGAAAUAUCUCUAGGCCUUGUAGGCCUCAGUUCCUCACUCACCGACGUCUUUGGACAUUGAAGCAAGGCUUUGUGGCUUCGACCCAGAUGGUCUAUAACUGCAGCAAAUGGCAGCCGUGUUAUGGCGGCAUCUACUUAAAGCAAACAACAUGGCUGAAAACCAAUAGGUCUUAUUUAUACGUGCUGCAUCCCUAUUUGGUUCAGCAAUCUAAAGCAUGGACAAGGUCACUAUUGUUCCCACUUUGCAGCAGUUAUACUACAGAUGGCUUUUAGUGCAUCUGUGUGUCUGUAUAAAAACUUAGGGAAAAAUGACUUUUAAAAAUCAUAACUUUUUAAAUGACUAGAUGAUUUAUUGUUAUUAUUAUUAUUAUUAUUAUUAUUAUUAUUAUUAUUAUUAUUAUUAUUAAGAUUAUUAUAAAAAGGAUUCGUCUCCUAGCUCAGCAUGCAAAGUCCAGUACUGAUCAUCUUGGCCUAUCACGUGCCUGUUUGGACCUUGAUUCCCGGCAUGCAAAAACAAGGUCCCAGUCCCCACUGGGCCAAAGGUGCCUCACUCACCCGAUAGAUCCAUGUGUAGGGCGCGUAGCAUUAUCCAUUGAAAAACCGACACUCAGAUGUGUUCGUUCUGAAACAACCAAAGUCCUUUUUUUUAAUCCCAAGAAGAACUUAAUCUUAAAUACAAAAAAAAGAGGAAAAAAAAAAAUUCUAAUCUGACUCGCUCUCAGAUUUAAUCCAUCAAAGCUCUCACUGUGACAGCAUUUAUUCGUUUGAAAGAACCAACUCCUCUUGACCCGCAGCGGUCUUGGCUGAUGUCACUUUUUUGCGAGGGAAGUACGUAUAACCUAAACUACUCAUGUGCAUGUGUUUUCUACCGGAAGCAAGGUAUGGGGGCAUUGCUCUUCACUCCGUAUGAGCAGGGGGGCGCGCCGAGAGGGGCUUGGACGGGCAUGUUGCAGGCAUCGGCACGCUCAUGACUCAUGUGAAGGUGAUCCGCUGCACUUUGUUUUGCAUUUUUGUCACGACUGUUAGUGGGUUUGUUCGACAGAUUUCUUAAGUCUUGCGUUAAUCAUUUUUAUUUUGUUAGAUACGAUUUGUAAUAGGAAGUAGAUUGUCGUUGCUGCUGUAUGCUGCUAAAAGUGCAACCAUAUUACAAAAGCUGUCAUGGUAAACAUAUUUUUCCGUUUUUGUUUUAGUUAUACAUGUUCAGUUUGUGGUUAUUAUUACUAUAGUUCAUCAAAUGUCAUUGAGACAUACUUAUGUAUUUGUAAAAAAAAAGAAACAAACGACAAAAAAAGCAGUUCAUGCGACGACGAAAUCGGUGUGCUGACACACACCUCCACACCCAGAGGCUGCGAAUCGCUGAAGUUGUAUGCAGGGCGGAUGUUUUUGCCCUUAUUACAGCUCGUCAUCCUCUACUUCUACAAACUCUACAUGCUGGGCUGGUUACUUGCUCUGGCCACGCAGACCAGAUAACUGGUUCUUUCAAGGCUGAAAUUAUUUUUGUAAAGGACUGGUGUGUAAAUGUACAUCUGUUAAAAUCUCCGGUAUUGUUUUUUUUGUUGUUGUUUGUUUCUCAUCUCUCUUGUGUACGGAUCGUGUGUGCUGCUACUUCCAGAUCCCAACUGGUUUUGCUUCGUUUUCCUUGUAAUCAAGUUAUUUAUUUGUUUUUAGGAAUAUUCUUGUAAAGUCAAUUUACAUUUGCAAUCAGAAAUAUUCAACCCCUAAAAGAAACUGCACUGAUGUGUGGUUGAAAGAUAAUAUAAUAAUGAAUAAAUAUUUAUUGGAACAUUUUUGAGUUGUGUUGACAGUAGAAGUCAUUAGCUGACCCGUUUUCAAAUCAGGCACAUAGCACAGUACUGGCCCAUUUGUCCAAACAGCUUCAUUUUGGUUUCAUUAGUCCAUAAAACUUUCCCAAGAUUUUAUCUAAAUUCCAACCAGCAUAUUCUAAACUUUUAACUUUCCCUGUUAAGACUGGAGAAAAUCAUGAAGUCCUUUGUCUAAGCAGUUCAUGUCUUAUAGCCUUUGCGCCUUUAACGCGUCAACCUGCGGGUGUCUUAAAGUCACACAGUUGCUUUUAGGAUCCCUGAAGGAAUGUUGGGCUUCCUACCACAGAAAGGCAGGUCUGCAGCUGUUCCAUAUGUUUUAAACCUCUUUAUAGUGCUCCCAAUGGUGUCUCACAAAAUGUUUCUUUAAAAAAAAAAAAAGAAGUUUUGUACCCAAGACCCCUCAGGUAUGGUGAAACAAUCCCCCUUCUCUGUUUUUAUGAAAGCUUCUUCGUCUCCUUUGCAAUCACAUCCCAGGAUUGCAACUUACCUUGCAUACCUUUAUGGGCGGUGUGAACGUAUGCAUUGUUGCCAAAGCUAAUGGGGAAUCACAAUAAAGCUCUUAAUUAUGGUAAACAGGCUUGAUGAUGUUUCCACUUUAUUAAGCAGUCUGAGCUUCUACGAUCCAAACAGCACUUCUGCAGGAGUUGCACAAUUGUGAGAGUUACCUCCAGAGCAUCAAAAAAAAAAAGUUUAAUUCUCCUCUCUGACAAAACUCAAUUCAAAUUUCUAAAAUCUUCAUGGGGUUGACUAAAUCUCACUGCAACUGUAACUUUUGCUUGAUUUUGUAACCUUUGGUUUUGUAUAACGUUCCAUCUGUUGCAUGGGGAGAGGACGGCAUUGAUGAACUGCAUGUAGUAGGCUAUGUCUAUCCAGAACUGUUGGUAUGUGCCGCAGAUUUUACAUAAUAUAUGCAAUGAGUUUGUCUACACUAUACAGUUUGUGUUUGUUGUAUACACAUAUACAACAUGCUGAAUAAAAUAUUUAUAUAAAUGCCUACUGUAAUGUCAGUAACUUAAUACUUAAUGCAAUAUAGUGUGCAGUAUAUUAUUGCACUUGCCAUUUUUGAGAGUACAAAGAAAACGGAAAGGGUUGGCUAGUUUAAGCAUGAAAAACAAAGGCCAAAGUAGAAAUCAAAUCUUUUCUUCGUGACCUCUUAUUGGUCGUCUUUUCAAGUGCUGACUGAGCUCUUUUUUGUCGAUGCAGCUCCCAUCCCCUUCCACCAUGUUUUGAAGUGACAUGAGCCAUCAAGCAUGCCAUGACUGAAAUAUUUAUGCCCUCCACUUUGUUUCCUCCACCUUAACCUUCUCACUGCGAGGAUAGUGUAGAUUCACAUGAUGGGCAGCUUGUUUUGGAUUGAUUACCUGGGAUGGAGAGGAACGUACACUAUUAAAAUGAUUUGUUUUCGAUAUAUACAUAUAUAUACUAUACCAUUGCAAGUAUGCUCAUUGGAGUUAUGUCAUGUUAUAUCAAAAUUUGUAACCAUGUAUGAUUAAGGUCUUCGCAUUGUUUUCCAUGCAAAAUGUGUCAUGCGGCACAUUUAAUGUUUUAUUAUGAAAAAGAAAUAAAAAACUUCAAAGAGUAA